UAUGUGGUUUUGCGAAGGGGAUCCACUUGGUGAGAUUACAGCAUUUCUUAUUGGACGCUGUAAGACCUGAAGAAAAACAGAAAAACAGUAUUUUACCAUUAUUUUAAACUCUAUGACCACCUACAAACACAAAAUAUGUUUUUAUUAAGUGAGAGGUGGGCAGUCUGUGACUUUUUCCAUUACGUCUCUUCUGAUGGUGUGAGCACUUUCGUCACUAACUGCCCAGGAAACCAGAAGUGAGAAGUUCUGUGGCAACGCUGUAAAAGACUCAGAGGGAAGGAGCUUUGUAGUGUUUCUCUUGAUCGAGACAUAAGGAAAAAAAAAAUAGCCAGCAUGGAUUUUGAUUACGUUGAAUACACCGAUUACACUCCAGGCAAUGAAACAGAGAACAACUUCACCACAGAUGGAGUAUUGCAUUUCAGUACCACUCAGACUCCUCUGACUCGUGUUCUGGUGGCAGUUAAUAUCAUUAUAUCUGUUAUUGGCCUUGGAGGAAAUUCAUUAGUGAUCUGGAUCUGUGGAUGGAAGAUGAAGAGAACUGUCAUCACCAUAUGGUACGUCAGUCUGGCCAUUUCAGACUUUUUGUUCUGUGCCUGUCUGCCAUUGGAAGUAUUCUACAUGAUCACCUCACACUGGCCUUUCGGAGAGGUCUUGUGCAAGCUCAUCUCCUCCGCACUGUUUCUCAACAUGUACAGCAGUGUGUUUCUGUUGGUUCUCAUCAGCACAGAUCGCUGUAUAAUGGUUUCAUUUCCUGUGUGGGCUCAUAAUCACCGGACAGUGGGGAAAGCAUCUGCAGUCGUUGCCCUAAUGUGGGUCCUUUCUGCACUCCUUACGUUGCCUUCGCUGAUCUUUAGAAAAACCACAAUCCAUGAUUCGGUCACUCAGUGCUACACGGAUUACACGAGCCAUACACAAGGCAGUGGUGCCAUACACAAGGCUGUGGCGCUGACUCGAUUCAUCUGCGGGUUCCUCAUUCCUUUCCUCAUGAUUGUCUUCUGCUGCUCUGUGCUUGCUGUGAAGCUGAGAAGUUUGACCAUUAGGUCAACGAAGCCUUACAAAGUAAUGGUGGCGCUCAUCUUGUCAUUUUUCUUCUGUUGGGUCCCCUAUCAUUGCUUUGUUCUUUUAGAGUUAGACUUGAAAAACCAAAGCCUGGAAGUACUUAAAACUGGCCUGAAGGUGGGCGCCACCCUGGCUGCAGCAAACAGCUUCAUAUCCCCUGUUCUCUAUGUGUUCAUUGGUAAUGAUUUCAAACAAACCCUAAAGCGGUCUUUCACAUCAAGGUUUGAGGAGGCAAUGGCGGAGGAUUUCCGUACAGGUUUAAAUCACUCAAGGUCUAAGUCAAUGGAAGUUAUCUAAAAUUAAGUUUGAGUAUUUCACAGAACAGUACAUGUCAGACAUCACAAUCAUAUGUCAUGGCAUGUUUGUAUCUAUGUAUCAAGAAUCUAUUUAUCAGAAAAAAGAUUACAAAAAAAACCUAUAUAUACUAUAUAUUUUGUAUUUUUAUGUGUGAAUAAAUGUGUGUUUGUAUUCAGGAUGAAUUAAGUCUUUUGAAUAAAAAUAAAAUGUAUAAUCUACAACAUAUUAUUAUUUGGUUGAACUAACUAGCCUAAUUGAAGUGAAACGUCAUGUGACUAUGUGCCCGCUAUUAAAUAUUCUUGAACCUUUACAUUACAUUGUUGUAAUUACCCUUUUAUUUAAUGUAUCCCUACCUGCAAGAAGUACUGUUGUAUAUUAUUGCUGUAUUUGUUUUAUUUCUUAAGUUAAUAAAAGUUAUUAAAACUGCU